AUGAAUGAAGAGGGGUUCAUGUUUUUUAUUUUUGACCACAUUGAUAGUUGUAAAAAGGUUAUUGAUAGAGGCCCUUGGUAUGUUGGGGGUAUACUGUUGAUUCUGAAACAGUGGCACAGAAUGAUGAAGCUCACCAAAGAAGCUCUUACUGAAAUCCCAGUAUGGGUAAAAUUUUAUAACGUGCCUAUGGAAUUUUGGAGCACUGAUGGUCUUAGCAGAAUAGCAAGUGCGAUAGGGGUUCCUCGGUUUAUGGAUCAGCUCACCUCUUUUGGUACAAGGGUUUCUUUUGCUAGGGUAUGUGUGGAUAUCAAAGCCGAAUCCCCAUUACCAGACAGCUUUUUUAUUCAAUGCGAGGGCGUUAAGGUGGAAAUUCGAGUGGAAUAUCAAGGUGUUCCGGUUAGUUGUUCUCAUUGUGGGGUAUUUGGGCAUGAAACAAAAGCCUGUGUAUCAGCCCAGGUCUCUCAUCUUAUUGAACUUCAGAAAGCCACAGAGACUAACCUAGGGGAAGAUGAAGGUUGGAAAACUGUGAAGGAUAAAGGGAAGAGAAAGGCUGGGGAAAACUUAACUCCUGUUGUGGCUACCCAAUCUGAAGUAAAUGAAAAUCGAGCUGACGUAGAGCUUAAAGUGAGUUUGCAUGCUCCUGACCCAGUGACUACCUCCCACUCAAUGAUACAUCAAAUUGCUAGUUUGGUUAGUCCAGCAGCAUCCGAAAAUUUGGAGGAAGUGGAAGCAGAUAUGCAGGUAGUUACUCCUUUGAAACCUUCGGGCAGUAAUGAGAUUGAAGAUUUUGGUCCACAACAAAAAUACAAAGGUGUGGAAACUCCACUUCAAGGUAAAAAGGCUUCUGGCAAGACAGGCAGCCAGAAGAAAAAGAAGAGGUAA